AGAUCCUCUAAAAAGUAUAACAAAUGAUGAGAACAAAUCACUAAUUGAAGUUCAAUCACUUUUUUGUAUAGCAUAAUUAUAUCUAUUACAUGAAUUAGAAUUGACCAAUUCAGAAAUUAUCCAUAGUUAGUAUAUAAACUCUUUCUACAAUUCUAUUAAUAUUAAGCAUAGUACGAUUAUUAUUUACCUGAAAUGUUUAAAUACUGUUCCCUAAUUUUAUGCAAAUGAUGAAAACACAGUCAGGCUCAUAAGGGUCAUUUUAUGGAAUUAACCUGCUUAAAUAGUAGAUAGGUGCCCGGACCAUUUCAAAAAAAAUUAAGGAUACUAAUCUAGGGUAAUUAUAAUUAGUAUAAAACUAAGAUCCUUAAAUGAAAUUAAAAAUAGGAUUUUUUGUGUCAACAUACAUCAUAAAUUGCAAUCGGUAUUUUAUUGAUAAUUAAUCAAUAAUGAAGUUAGAGAAUUCUAAUGGUAAAUUUCUUGAUGGAAAUCUCUAAACAGGAAUCAGCGGAGAGACCUUAGUAAGCUGUGCUCUAUUUACCUAUGAAUGA